GUUGAUUGGUUUAUGAAAUCCAAUAUGGCUGACAAAGGAGAAGAAGCUGUUGACUUGUUUCGUGAUACAUGGAUGCGAUAUUUAGGUUACGCCAAUGAGAUAGGCGAAGCCUUUAAAUCUCAUAUUCCAAAAGCUAGUUAUCUUGGCUGUUAUUUGGUCGCAUCCUGCUACGCCUUUGGCGAUGCAAUUUCAAAAACAAUGGCAAUGAAAAAGACGACGGAAAAUUUUUCAAAUGAAGUGAGAUGGCGUUCAAGUACCGAAGCGUUUGUGAAAGCAUUAACAUGGCAAAGUUUGGCAUCAGUAGCAAUUCCCGGUUUUACAAUAAACAGAAUCUGUGUUGCAACUGGAAUAUUCUUGAGCUGUUAUGUAUCUCAUAUUCCGCUCGCGAAACGCGCGUGGAUAACUACAGCAGUUGGUUUGGUCGCUAUACCUUUCAUUAUUAAACCUAUUGAUCGAUCUGUUGAUUUCAUAAUGGAGGAGAUGACAACAAUAACACAACACUUUGGUUGGAAGCACAAUAAAGACCAUGAUGGAUGAUGGAUGGUCAUAUCCAGGUGCUGACACACAUUUCGUGUUUGAAAAUGAGAACAAACGUCUUGAUUUAUUUUAAAAGAUAAUUCCUUUUUAAGAACUUCUUAUUUAUUUAACAAUUAACUUACUUUAAUAAUUUGUAAAUUGCUUGGUGACAAUGGCUAAUUAAAACUUAUAAACAGUUA